CGAAUCUCAAAGCGUCAGCGCCUCCCAAAACGAAGCCCUCCUUGCUCGGCUGUUCCCUUGCUCCCCUCCCGACUCCCGUCCCCCGCCGCCGCGCGCCGCCGCCCAGAGAGAGAGAGAGAGAGAGUGAGAUACCAAGCUCGAGGACAGCACCACGCGCGACGGCGAGAGAGCGUCCGUAGCCCAAGGCGAUGGCGAACAAGCGGCAGCGGGAAGCGCGGAAGCGCUUCCGCGAGGCGAACCCGGGCCUCUUCCCCGCCAACCCGACCCCUCCCGCCGACGGCACCAAGAAGAAGAAGAACAACAAGAAGAGCAUGUUCAAGAAGACGAGUAAGGCGGGUGGGGGAGGCGCGGGGAGGUCGAAGCACCCGCUCCGGGUCCCCGGGAUGCGGCCCGGGGAGCGGUGCUUCAUCUGCAAGGCCGCGGACCACGUCGCCAAGGUCUGCCCCGAGAAGUCCCUCUGGGAGAAGAACAAGAUUUGCUUGCUCUGCAGGCAACGAGGUCAUAGCCUGAAGAAUUGCCCUGACAAAAAUGAUGAAAAUUUGAAGAAAUUCUGUUAUAAUUGUGGUGAAUCUGGGCACUCACUUUCCAAGUGCCCCAAACCCAUUGAAAAUGGGGGUACAAAGUUCGCAAGCUGUUUUGUCUGCAAACAGCAGGGACAUUUGAGCAAGAAUUGUCCUGAAAACAAACACGGCAUUUAUCCAAAGGGAGGUUGCUGUAAGAUAUGUGGUGAAGUUACACACCUGGCCAAGCAUUGUCCAAACAGAGGGAGGCAAGACUUGAUAUCUUCUGGGGAUGAUGCUUUCAAUACGGAGGAGCAUCACCUGGAAGACAAUGCUGUUCUCCGGGGUGGAGAUGACCUUGAUGACGAUUUUAUUGAAGAAGAAGAGGCGAACUCAGCGUCGGGGAUGGCCGUGGGCGACGAGUGCAAGCUCAAGUUCCAGGAGCUCAAGUCGAAGAGGAGCUUCCGCUUCAUCACGUUCAAGAUCGACGAGCGGACGCAGCAGGUGGUCGUGGACAGGCUGGGCCAGCCGGGCGACACCUACGACGACUUCACCGCCUCCAUGCCCGCCAGCGAGUGCCGCUACGCCGUCUUCGACUUCGACUUCGUCACCGACGAGAACUGCCAGAAGAGCAAGAUCUUCUUCAUCUCCUGGUCGCCGGACACGUCGAAGGUGAGGAGCAAGAUGCUGUACGCGAGCUCCAAGGACCGGUUCAAGAGGGAGCUGGACGGGAUCCAGGUGGAGCUGCAGGCGACCGAUCCCAGCGAGAUGAGCAUGGACAUCGUCAAAGCGAGAGCCCUCUGAAUUAACCAAGAUGUUCCCAAGCCUCCCUUAAUCAAUCGUUCGCGCGUGCUAGCUGAUCAAGCGAUCAGGCAUAUAUAUAUGCAUGCAUGCUCUCAUGCUCCAGCAGGAACAGAACAAUGCUUGUUUUUGCAUCGGGUUCCUGCAUAUAUGCAGGCUUUCAGUGUUUGAUCCUACCUGUCGAUCAGAGUACUGUCAAUUCAUUAAUUAGUACUCCUGUAAACUAGAUGAUCUUUUAUCUUCUCCGAUCUGGCCCAUUCUAGACCCGUUAUUCCAAUAUCGAUUUUUCCUGUUAUUGCUGAGGUACAUA